CCAGCAAUGGUGACCAAUUUAUAGACAAUAGACUUGAAGGAGACAUUGAAGAUACAAAACUUGAUAACCUUCACCUCAAACCAGAGUCUCUAAUGGCGGAAAAGCCUGAAACGCUGUCCUCCAGCUCGCAAUCUUCUUCGUCUUCCCAGAAAUCUCCACAAGUGUCUCCCAAGCAACCUCAGGUUCCAGCAUUCACUGGAUUUCCUCCUUUCCCAAAUGGAGAUUUUCAGAUGUAUCCAGUGAUGUACCCUGCACUUGUAAAUCCAUCUCAAAAUCAGGAAAAUAUGAACCGAGGAGCAGGCAUCUAUGCUGUUCCUGUUUACCCAUAUAUGGGUCCUGUUGUUGGAAUUCCAUCUAAUACUCUUAUUCCUCUCACUUACAAUAUACCUACUAGAUCAAGUGCAGAUGCUGGUGCUGUAGGUGAGGAGCAUGGGCAAGAGGGACAACAGCAGCAACGUCAACAUCAACAGCCUGCACCUCAAAGACAAGUUGCUGUAAGGAGAUUUCAAAUUGCAUUUCAGCUGGAUUUGUUGCUUAUUCUGAAGCUUGCAGCUGUAAUCUUUUUGUUCAACCAAGAUGGAUCAAGACAAAGGCUUAUUGUACUUGUGUUUUUUGCUUCACUUGUCUACCUAUAUCAAACUGGAGCUCUUACACCAUUGAUACGAUGGCUUUCACAAGGUAUGCAUAGGGCAGCUGCUCAUCCUCCGAGGCCCCCUCCAGUCAGGGAUGAUAAUUUUCUACCUCCUGGAAGGCAGGGACCUGAAAAUGCUGCUUUUGCAGAGGGACAACCGGGAGCUGAGUUUAGGAAUGUGCUUGGAGACAAUGCAGAUCAAGCGGUGGAAAAUGAGAAUGUAGCAGCAGAACCUGAGGCUGCCGGCAAUGGGGGUAACCAGUGGUGGGGAAUUGUUAAGGAGAUUCAGAUGAUUGUUUUUGGCUUCAUUACUUCCCUUCUCCCAGGUUUCCAUAACAUAGAUUAAGAUUAUACAUGGUGCUUGACAGGUCGUAUUACAUAGACUGAACUAACUCAGAAUCUGGAAGUGUUGUUUUCUGCUUAACAUUUUCAAAUAAGUGUUACAUAAUGAUAUAAUUUUAAUCAUAGAUAUAGCUUGAUGUAUUUUUGCGAUAAUGGUUCAAUUGGUUUUGUGGAAUUUUGUGAGUGAAGAUGGGGUAUUUGAAUGUAUCUUCUGUAUGUCUUUGGUAUAAAUCGACGAUUUCACAAGUAUUGAAUCUCGUUUUCAUA